GUGAAAGAAGAAGUGGCAAGUGCAGGAGUGAAAGCUCUGUUUCAUUAAUUUCAAUAUUUAACAUAAUUCUAAUAAUUUAAUUGAUCAAUAUGUUUAUUUAGUGACAUUUUCUUGAUAUAUAAACCGUAUUUAAUUUCACGUAAAUAGGCGUGGCACAGUUUUUAUCCAUAAAACAUUUUGUGUCAUAUUUACGAUGAAACGAUUAACAUUGUUUUUAAGCAGAUAUAUGACUUUCAUAUAAAUAUUGUUUAUUCGUGGGCAUAAAAAUAAAAGUGUAUAUUAAUAUGCCAAUAAAUAUGAUCACAAUUUUGUUGAAAUGAAAUUAGUUGGUGAUAGAAAAAUGAAAGGCAUUAUUAAGGUGUUGAUGCUCAAGCAUCUGGUAGUGAGAAUGCGAAGGUUCAUCAGUACGGCUGUGGAACUAAUCUCUCCCGCUGUCUUCUUUAUUCUCCUUUAUGUAUUUAAGGAUAACAUUAACCAACCAGUAAAUACAUAUGCUCAAAAUUCCAUCAAUGUAUAUAAGCCAGAGCCAGUAGCCCUUGCUAACAUCACAGGGCCUUGGUUGGUAUUGUACACCCCAGAUACGGAACUUACAGGACAUCUUAUGGACAAAGUCGCAGGAAAACUAGGAUUACCCCGCCUAAAAAGAUUCCCCAUUGGUAUGUCAGGGCGCGGCUACUACCCCAUUCAGGAUGAGACAGAACUCAAUGAUUACCUUAACACCAUCAAUAGUUAUCAGGCGCUCGUCGUGUUCCAGAACAUGACGGGUGAGUGGCCUCAACUUCUGAACUACACCAUUCGCAUGAAAAAUGACUUCAUGACCCACAUCUACAUACCGCUCGACGGUGGCAUGGAACCGCAUAAAGCAUUCGGUGUAAUUUACGAGACAUUUAUGCGCCUACAGUGGGCGAUUGAUACAAGUUAUUUGCAAUUAAAGGGAAUCGAUGUCAAACAAAAUGUUACUCUUCAAGAGUUCCCGUACGUGAAGACGAACCGCAACAUGAAUACCGUGAUCGGCGUGCUGGUGGAGGCGCUGAUUGUCCUCUGCUGGUUGUCUCUACUGCUGGUCUUCGUAUUCCUCAUGGCGCGUCUACUGGAUGAACGGACUUCAGGAAUUGAGGAAUUGGUGAAAAUGGCGGGAGUAUCCAGCAAUAUGUUGGCGUUAUCCCACUUUUUGAAUGUGGUGCCGGUGGGUGUGGUGUACUGCGUGGUGGACGCCGCGCUGCUCACAGCCUCCUCCAACCCAGUGCUCAUCUCCAGCACAGGGCUGAUCUGUAUGAUGCUGGCGCUGCACUUCAUCAGUGUUAUAGCUAUGGCCUUUGCCUGCAGUUAUCUUGUCAAGAAUAAUCAGUACGCGGUGACGUUGUCAAUGUUCGCGUACACCGCGCUAUGGAUCCCGGCGCGCGUGGUGUCGGGCCGGCGACCGCCGCGCGCGCUGCUGCCCCUCACCGCCCUGCUGCCGCACCAGCCCAUGCAGCUCUUCUGGGAGGAGCUCGCCGCACUGGAGAAGUACGGUCACGGUCUGACGUUCAGCAACAUGGCGCAGACGCAUGGCGAGCACAGCAUAUCAGCGCUGCUGUGCCUAGUGUUCCUGGUGCUGCAGACCAUGCUGUUCGCCACGCUGGCCUGGUACCUCGCGCUCGUCAACCCAGGACCAUACGGACAGGCGCUGCCUUGGAACUUCAUGUUUAAGCGUUCGUUCUGGAGCGAGCACAAGGUAUCUCCAGGGGUGGCUGCAGGAGAAGGUGUGGUGGAGACAGAGGAACUGUCGACGACGUUGACCGCUGACCCUCUGUACUUCGAACAGGUGCCCAAAGAUCUGGAGCCCGGCAUCAGGAUUGAUAAUGUUACUAAAGUAUUUGGUAAGAACGUAGUACUGUCCAAUGUCUCGUUGGAUAUAUACAAGGGCGAGAUCACCGUGCUGUUGGGACAUAAUGGCGCCGGCAAGACCACGCUCAUGAAUAUUAUCACCGGAAUGUUCAGUGCGUCAUCAGGCAAAGUGUACGUGGAGGGUCUGGACACGGCCACGCAGCAGGACGAAGUGCGGAAGACGCUCGGCCUCUGUCCACAACACAACCUCUUCUUCCCGGACCUUACUGUGUUAGAACAUAUCAUGUUCUUUACAAUGCUCAAAGGCUACUCAUACCAGGAAGCGAAGGCGGAGUGUAAGCAGCUGCUGGAGAAGCUGGGCCUGUAUGAGAAGGCGGGCAGCAGGAGCGCGCAGCUGUCGGGCGGCAUGCGGCGUCGCCUGCAGCUGGGCUGUGCACUCGCAGGCGGAGCCCGCGUCCUCGUGCUGGACGAGCCCACCUCCGGACUGGAUGUAGAGACACGAAGGGAGCUAUGGGAUCUGCUGCUGUCACUGCGAGGGUCGCGCACAGUACUGCUGACUACACACUUCAUGGAGGAGGCGGACGCGCUGGGAGACCGCGUGGCCGCGCUGCAUCUCGGCCGUCUGCGAUGUCAUGCCACCACCAUGCAUCUUAAGCGAGCUCUCGGUACGGGUUAUCGUCUAUCGUUCACCACAAUCGGUAUACCAAAGGAGGCAGCCAUCACCAGCACAGUACAGAGCGUGGUGGGUGAUGCCUCCAUGAGAGAGCAGAGCCUCAACUCCGUCACCUACAACCUGCCAGCUAAAGACACCUCCAGGUUUCCACAACUCUUCGCAGAACUAGAGUCCAAGAGAUCAGAACUGGCGAUUGACUCCAUUGGUGUAGGGAUUUCUACAUUAGAAGAGGUGUUUUUGAAAUUGUGCAGCGACGUGGAGACCACCUUUACAGAAGACACGGUAGAUACUGCGGCUCUCGACGCGACGCAGGUGAAAGUGCGCGGGGCGGCGCUGUUGCUGCGACAACUGCAAGUGUUACUUAAGCGACAGUUCAAAUACAUGAUGUCCAAGAAACUGUCCAUAUUAGUACUGCAAAUAAUAAUGCCGAUAUUAACACUUAUAAUAUUCACUUACGUGACGGUGGAAGUGGAACCCGAAGCAGCAAGUGACAGUAGCACACGUCUGCACCUCGCCAUGUACGACCUGCCUGAACCCCGCCUGUUGUACCACAUCAACACUAGCGCCCCCACCGCACUGCGGACUUUGACAGAUAGAUACAGUGACGUCAGAUUUGAACCCACAUCUGAUGUUGUUCAUUCUCUCGUCGAGUACGGAAAGGAAGAUAUCAUGGAAUAUAACAAAUAUAUUGCAGGAAUUGAAAUCAACGAUACUGAUGCUGUUGUGUUGUACACGACCCGCAUACGUCACGCCGCACCCAUUGCUCUCAACUUGUUGACCAACAUGUUGUCCGGUGUGCCUGCGCAGGCUGAAGUGGUGACGUACAACCAGCCGCUGCUCGGCAAGGCGAGCCCUGCGAGCCAAGUCCUUGUGCAGCCCAAGUCACUGAUUAUGUCUGUUAUGUGGGCCACUGUUGUUGUGUUUGUGGUACUGGCGACGAACAUAAACUACGUGUCGCUGCCGUGCAAGGAGCGCGAGUCCGGCGCGCGACACCUGCACGUGCUGGCGGGGUGCGCGCCCGCACUGCACUGGGCGAGCACGCUGGUCGCGCACGCGGCGCUCUGCACGCUCUCCCUGCUGCUGCCCGCGAUCGCAGUCGCCGCCCUCUUUGAUACUGACAACACGCUCACACAACCGGACUUCUUAGGCGCGUUGUUUGUGGUGCUGAUGCUGGGCAGCCUGGCGUUCUUCGCCUUCAUGUACCUCGUCAGCUUCUACUUCGGAGAGCGCGGCUCCAGCACUCUGCUCGUCGCAUGCAUCAUCAUAUUUGGUUUUCUGACAACAUCAAUGAAGAAAGCAUCAGAUUUCUUCAAGGAGAAGCAGGAUAUGGAUUUUUCGUACUACUUGCUGGUGAUAUGCGGCUGGGUUGCACCGCCUCAUACAUUCACCGUGGCUGCCAUGAAAGCCGUGAAUGUGGCGCGUCUCAACGCAUACUGCGUGCUCAACAAACAUCGCUGUCCAGCAUUAUAUGUUAUGGAGGAUGGAUUUGAUGGUGUCACGUGUUGCCAAUUGAACCGCAACCCGCGCUGUUACUUCUGCAUUGAUGAGUUCUCGCCCGCAGAGUCCAUGAUUAUAAUGUUUUGUCAAUUCAUUGGAUAUAUGACGUUAGUAAUACUAACACAAGAAGGUGUGUUCAACCGAGUAGCAGACCGCGUGUUCAACAAACGUUACCGCGCUCACAGCACGCACGCGCCCGCUGACGACCUCGUGCGUGCUGAGGCUACCUACGUCAACAAGGCUAUUGCAUUGCCACCGGAUCAGAUCCAGGAGGCGAUGCUGGUGGACGACUUGCACAAAAACUACGUCCAGCUCAUCAGGAAGUCAACCAAUGCUGUCAAGGGCAUCAGCUUCUCUGUCAAAAAAGGAGAAUGUUUCGGCUUGUUGGGUGUGAACGGCGCGGGCAAGUCGACCACGUUCAAGAUGUUAACGGGCGAGGAGUGUCCAACACGCGGCACUGUCUUUGCCAACGGACACCAUUUAGACAAGAAUCGUACCAAAUACCUUCGCUCGCUGGGUUACUGCCCGCAGUUCUUCGGUCUGGACGAGUUCCAGUCUGGCUACGACAACCUGGCGCUGGUGCUGACGCUACGCGGACUGGCAGCAAACGACGUCAAGGCUGAAGCUGAUAACUGGAUUGAGAUCGUCGGUCUGGAACAGUACGGAUCGCGGCUGGUGUCGUGCUACAGCGGCGGCAUGUCGCGGCGGCUGGGGGCGGCGGCCGCGCUCUGCGGGGGCGGGGGCAGCGGGGCCGGGGGCGGGGCCUCACGUGUCACGCUGCUGGACGAGCCCACUGCGGGCGUGGACGUGGCCGCGCGUAGACGUGUUUGGGCAGCCAUACGACACAGUCUGGCACAACGCCGUGCCACACUCGUUACAUCGCACAGUAUGGACGAGAUGGAAGCUCUAUGUUCCCGAAUAGCUAUAAUGAACCACGGACGUAUCCGCGCGCUGGGCUCGGCGGCGGCGCUGCGGGCCGCGCACGCAGCAGGACACGCCGUGCAACUCAAACUGCGCUCAUCUACAGACGUGACGGACGGCGGCGUGUCGGAGCUGCAGCGACUCAAGUCUGAGCUGCAUCAGAAGUUCAACUGCGAGUUAAAAGAUGAGCACAAGACGAUGUUACAUUACCACAUCAACGACACGAUGCGCUACAGCGAGCUAUUCAACGAACUGGAAGCCAUCAAGACCGCUAAUGCCAUCGUCGAAGACUACUCGGUCUCCGAGACCACGCUAGAAGAAGUCUUCCUAGCAUUCGCCAAGGAGACCGAAGACCAAGAGGUCCGCGCCACGCCAGUAUAAAUGCAUCGCUUCUAAGAUAAUAAGAGAGAUAAUAGUAGCUUGCUAAAAAGACCGAAGACCAAGGGGAACCUGGUCUUCGAAUGAGACCAAAGACCACUAUAUCUGUCCCCUCCGAAAUCUAAAACUUCUGAACUUAUAUCGACUUAAAGUCUUUAAGACCAGCACACUUGGUCUUUGUAGCUUAUAACUAGAAGACCGAAGACCGUAAUAUAAUAUGUUUCUCGAAGACAAGCAGUGAUAUUUAAUAGAUUUAUUUAAUUGCUUAUUUUUUAACUAAAAUUA